GCGAGGGCGCGCUGGGGCGGAUUCGAAGAGAGCGCGGCGGUUGGCGAAGCGGACCGGCGCAGCCUCCUCCGUGCGGGGAACGGUCCCCGCUGACAGAUCCCCUUCUUCCGGCCGCCACCCGGGAGGCGGGUCUCCGGGUCCCGAGGCGGCUUCCUCUGCCCGGUUCUCCCUCCCUCUCUCGCUCUCCGCGGCUUGAUUGAGCGGCCUCUGAGGAGAAGGAGGUCGUCGGAGGCGGCGGGCGGAGACCGCGCUCCCCCUUCCCCGGCGGCGGCGGCGGGGCAGGACAAUGGAGGUGGCUGUGGAGAAGGCAGCGGCGGCCGCGGCUCCGGCGGCGGCCGCCGGGGGGCCCUCGGCGGCUCCGAGCGGAGAGAACGAGGCCGAGAGUCGGCAGGGCCCGGACUCGGAGCGCGGCGGCGAGGCAGCCCGGCUCAACCUGUUGGACACUUGCGCCGUGUGCCACCAGAACAUCCAGAGCCGGGCGCCCAAGCUGCUGCCCUGCCUGCACUCCUUCUGCCAGCGCUGCCUGCCCGCGCCCCAGCGCUACCUCAUGUUGCCGGCGCCCAUGCUGGGCUCGGCCGAGACCCCGCCGCCCGUCCCCGCCCCCGGCUCUCCGGUCAGCGGCUCCUCGCCUUUCGCCACCCAAGUUGGAGUCAUUCGAUGCCCAGUGUGCAGCCAAGAAUGUGCAGAGAGACAUAUCAUAGAUAAUUUUUUUGUCAAGGAUACUACUGAGGUUCCCAGCAGUACAGUAGAAAAGUCUAAUCAGGURUGUACAAGCUGUGAAGACAAUGCUGAAGCUAAUGGGUUUUGUGUAGAGUGUGUUGAAUGGCUGUGCAAGACAUGUAUUAGAGCUCAUCAGAGAGUGAAGUUCACAAAAGAUCACACUGUCAGACAGAAAGAGGAAGUAUCUCCAGAGGCAGUGGGUGUGACCAGCCAACGACCAGUGUUUUGUCCUUUUCAUAAAAAGGAGCAAUUGAAGCUUUAUUGUGAGACGUGUGACAAACUGACAUGUCGGGACUGUCAACUGCUAGAGCACAAGGAGCAUAGAUAUCAAUUUAUAGAAGAAGCUUUUCAAAAUCAGAAAGUGAUCAUAGAUACACUAAUCACCAAACUGAUGGAAAAAACAAAAUACAUUAAAUACACAGGAAAUCAGAUCCAAAACAGAAUAAUUGAAGUAAAUCAAAAUCAAAAGCAGGUGGAACAGGAUAUUAAAGUUGCUAUCUUUACAUUGAUGGUAGAAAUAAAUAAAAAAGGAAAAGCUCUGCUGCAUCAGCUAGAGAGCCUUGCAAAGGAUCAUAGAAUGAAACUUAUGCAACAACAACAGGAAGUGGCUGGACUUUCUAAGCAGUUGGAACAUGUCAUGCAUUUUUCUAAAUGGGCAGUUUCCAGUGGCAGCAGUACAGCAUUACUUUAUAGCAAGCGAUUGAUUACAUACCGGUUACGGCACCUCCUUCGUGCAAGGUGUGAUGCUUCCCCAGUGACCAACAACACUAUCCAGUUUCACUGUGAUCCUAGCUUCUGGGCCCAAAAUAUUAUCAACUUAGGUUCUUUAGUAAUCGAAGAUAAAGAGAGUCAACCACAAAUGCCUAAGCAGAAUCCUGUCGUGGAACAGAAUUCACAGCCACCAGGUGGUUUAUCUUCAAACCAGUUAUCCAAGUUUCCAACACAGAUCAGCCUAGCUCAAUUACGACUCCAGCAUAUGCAGCAACAGGUAAUGGCUCAGAGGCAACAGGUGCAACGGAGGCCAGCACCUGUGGGUUUACCAAACCCUAGAAUGCAGGGGCCCAUCCAGCAACCUUCCAUCUCUCAUCAGCAACCCCCUCCACGUUUGAUAAACUUUCAGAAUCACAGCCCUAAACCUAAUGGACCAGUUCUUCCCCCUCAUCCUCAACAGCUGAGAUAUCCACCAACCCAGAAUAUCCCACGACCAGCAGUAAAGCCCAACCCCCUGCAGAUGGCUUUUUUGGCUCAGCAAGCCAUAAAACAGUGGCAGAUCAGCAGUGGACAGGCCACCCCAUCAACUGCCAGCAGCACAUCCUCCACUCCYUCCAGCCCUACCAUCACUAGUGCAGCAGGAUACGAUGGAAAGACUUUUGGUUCACCCAUGAUCGAUUUGAGCUCACCAGUGGGAGGUUCUUACAAUCUUCCUUCUCUUCCAGAUAUUGAUUGCUCAAGUACUAUUAUGCUAGACAAUAUGGUGAGGAAAGAAGCUACCAUAGAUCAUGGCCAGCCAAGACCACCCUCAAACAGAACUGUGCAAUCACCAAAUUCAUCAGUGCCAUCUCCAGGCCUUGCAGGACCUGUUACUAUGACUAGUGUCCACCCCCCAAUACGUUCACCUAGUGCCUCCAGCGUUGGGAGCCGAGGAAGCUCUGGCUCUUCCAGCAAACCAGCAGGAGCUGAUUCUACCCACAAAGUCCCAGUGGUCAUGUUGGAGCCAAUCCGAAUAAAACAAGAAAACAGUGGACCACCCGAAAAUUAUGAUUUCCCUGUUGUUAUAGUUAAACAAGAAUCAGAUGAAGAAUCUAGGCCUCAAAAUACGAACUAUCCAAGAAGCAUACUUACUUCCCUACUCUUAAACAGCAGUCAGAACUCUGCUUCUGAGGAAACUGUGUUAAGAUCCGAUGCCCCUGAUAGCACAGGAGAUCAGCCUGGACUCCACCAGGAAAGUUCCUCAAAUGGAAAGUCCGAGUGGUCAGAUGCCUCCCAGAAGUCGCCUCUUCAUGUUGGAGAGACGAGGAAGGAGGAUGACCCCAAUGAGGACUGGUGUGCAGUUUGUCAAAACGGAGGGGAACUUCUGUGUUGUGAGAAGUGUCCCAAAGUCUUCCAUCUUUCUUGUCAUGUGCCCACAUUGACAAACUUUCCAAGUGGAGAGUGGAUUUGUACUUUCUGCCGAGACUUAUCUAAGCCAGAAGUUGAAUAUGAUUGUGAUGCUCCCAGUCACAACUCAGAAAAAAGGAAAACCGAAGGCCUUGUUAAAUUAACACCAAUAGAUAAAAGGAAGUGUGAACGCCUCCUUUUAUUUCUUUACUGUCAUGAAAUGAGCCUGGCUUUUCAAGACCCUGUUCCUCUAACUGUGCCUGAUUAUUACAAAAUAAUUAAAAAUCCAAUGGACUUGUCAACUAUCAAGAAAAGACUACAAGAAGAUUAUUUCAUGUACACAAAACCUGAAGAUUUUGUAGCUGAUUUUAGACUGAUCUUUCAAAACUGUGCUGAAUUCAAUGAGCCUGACUCAGAAGUAGCCAAUGCUGGCAUAAAACUUGAAAGCUAUUUUGAAGAACUUCUAAAGAACCUUUAUCCAGAAAAAAGGUUUCCUAAGCUAGAAUUCAGGAAUGAAUCAGAAGAUAAUAAAUUUAGUGAUGAUUCAGAUGAUGACUUUGUACAGCCCCGGAAGAAACGCCUCAAAAGCAUCGAGGAACGCCAAUUGCUUAAAUAAACAGCACCAUUGGCAUAUGCUUGUUUUUAGAUUUUUUGUUUGUU